AUAAAACAACUUCAUUUGCCUUUUAAUUCAACAUAGUCAAUAUUGUAAUCUUGGAAUGGCAUAUUUGUGAAGACUAUAAAUACCGGCCUUUCCCAUUUGUUUGCAUUGUUCAGUGCAGCUUAGUUGAGCAGAAACCAAGCCAAAAAUCAUGGAAAUGGAAGCAAAAGUUGUGAAAAACUCAAGAUUCAAGAGGGUCUGCGUGUUUUGUGGCAGCAGUACUGGCAAGAGAAAUUGCUACCGUGAUGCCGCCAUUGACCUAGCUCAAGAACUGGUUGCUAGAAGAUUGGAUCUUGUGUAUGGCGGAGGAAGUAUUGGGUUAAUGGGUUUGGUCUCUCAAGCUGUUCAUAAUGCCGGUGGAAAUGUUCUUGGGAUUAUUCCAAGAACCCUGAUGAACAAAGAGAUAACUGGUGAGACGGUUGGAGAAGUAAGGCCGGUAGCUGACAUGCAUCAAAGGAAGGCAGAAAUGGCCCGCCACUCUGAUUGUUUUAUAGCUCUUCCAGGUGGAUAUGGGACUUUGGAGGAGUUAUUGGAAGUCAUUACAUGGGCUCAGCUGGGAAUACAUGAUAAACCUGUGGGUUUGCUUAAUGUUGAUGGCUAUUACAACUACCUUCUCACUUUCAUCGACAAAGCCGUUGAUGAUGGCUUUAUCAAGCCUUCUCAGCGCAGCAUCAUUGUCUCUGCACCGAACGCCAAAGAGCUACUUCAAAAACUUGAGGAGUACGUGCCUGUGCACGAUGGGGCUAUAGCCAAGGCAAUGUGGGAGGUCGAGACACAGCAGCAAGUGGGGUUCAAUUCUACAACUUUGCAGACUGAGGUCGCUUUAUAAAGGGACAAAUCGAAGAGAAAAGAUGAAGAUAAAUAGCAAACUAAAUAUAUAUAUAGUAAAAGUUAGGGAAAAGAAGUCUCAAGCCCUUUGCUUUAUUAUUAUUGAUCUCAUUUUGGGUCAUAUACAAACCAUGAAUCAUACUUUAAUGGUAUGUGAAAGGUUUGAAAGUGGGUCUUUUGUGUAUGUCGAAAAGAACUUGUUAAAAGGAAGAAAAAGCAAGUUUGUAUUAUUAUUGUUAUAAUUUAGAUAGGAAUGAUGAUUAAGCUUUGCAUUUUGGCACCUCGAAUUAGCACAAAGAUUAUAGGAUGAAGUGAAGAAGCCAAAAUCCAAAAAUUUCAGGCUUGAUUCUCGAUGCCAAUGGCAAUAUAUGCCUUUGCCUCCUCCCUAGCUAGAGCUUGCACAGUGGUGUUAUUUUUGCUUCUUUUUUCUGCCAGU